CCUCACUCGAGUUCCUCUCCUCCCGCCGACAUACAUACAAAAAAAAUGAGCGUCCUGCGUCCUUUCCGUGCGACCGACAUGUUCAAAUUCAACAACGUGAACCUGGACAUAUGGACGGAAACUUACGGGGUACCGUUUUACUUGACCUAUCUCGGGCGCUGGCCGGAUUUGUGCUGCGUGCAGACGGCCCCGAGCGGGCGCCUCAUGGGAUACGUGAUCGGCAAAGCCGAGGGUUCUCAGACGGAGCACCACGGGCACGUCACAGCACUGACCGUCGCGCCUGAGUAUCGCCGGCUUGCGCUCGCGCGCAAGAUGAUGCAGCUGCUCGAGAGCGUGUCGGACGAGACGUAUGGCGGCUUCUUCGUUGACUUGUACGUACGUUGCGCGAACGCGGUCGCGAUCGGGAUGUAUGAGGGGCUCGGGUACAGCGUGUAUCGCCGCGUGAGGGAGUAUUACGGGAGUCUGGGGCUGGGAGUUGCCGGAAAGGAUGAGGAGGAUGCGUUUGAUAUGCGAAAACCGCUCUCGCGCGACCCCAUGCGCCGCUCGGUGCGCGCUAACGGGCGGGACAUGUUCGUCAGCGCGCACGACGUGUCAUGACAUCGACCUUCGACUUGAUUGUCUUUCGUCCCAUCUUCCGAUUCUCGCACGCACUCGCAUACAUCUACCUCUUCCUGCACGCCCUGUUCACCCCCACUCUAUCAUAAUUAUAAUUGGAGGAUACUUCGAACCAA